AUGGAGCCAAGUUCACCUGCUCACAAGGCAAUUUUGGAAGAACGUAUCGCAAUCGGUGACUUGUUGGCUGCCGCUGGAUCGAUACUCUACGGCAUCUCCAUUGUACUGCAAGAAUAUGUGUCUACUCACUACGGCCCUUCUACUUACCUGGCUCUGGGUGGAGCUGCUGCUGCCAUUUUAAAUGCUAUCUAUUGUGCCGGCUUAGAACACACACAACUUCGGGAAAUUUUCCAGAAGGGUAUGUCCAGUGAAAAAGUUGUUCCGCUUCAUGCCAUAAUGUGCUUUACCGGCUUUGUCGCUUCGUUGUUCGGAUUGCAGGUGACAACAACAUACGCCAUCACUCGAUUCAGUGCAGUGUUUCUUAGCAUCUCUUCAAUGACUGCAGCUGUUUACGGGCUUGUUAUCGGAGUUUGUCUAUUUCACAUGCCAUUUCACUACCUAUCUGCCGUUGCGCUGGUUUUUACGGUCAUUGGAACCAUUUUGUUUACAGUGUAUCCCCUUGAAUAUAAAGAAACGGAGCAAAUGGCUACGUGA